CUUCACGCAUGCCAAUGCAAAAUCCGACAAUUAUUAGCGCCAUCCCGAAUUACUAUAAUAACGUUUUGCAGAUCCCUAUAAAGCCACUGUACAGUUCCUCGGUCCUACAAAAUAGUUUUUCUUUUCAAAUUUCGCAACAUAAUAAAUCUCUCUGAUUCGCGCUUGCACGGCCAACGGCGAUGGAGACGGUGUCGUCCCUGCCGGCGAAUCUAUCUUCCUUGGAUUCAAUCGGCGAGAUAUCGGAGGAGACAGAGAGCGACACUCUGGUUAGGAUGUCCAGCUUUCCCCUGAACCAGCAGCGGAGGCGGAGGGUCGGCGGCAAGGCUGCGCGGCCGCGCCGCCAGCAGUCGUUCCGCCGGGAGAUCGGCCAUGCUGCGGCCGAGACUUAUUUGCUUACUCGGCUCAGCUUCAAGCUGCUGAGCUACCUGGGGUUAGGUUACCGGUGGAUGUCAAGACUGUUGGCCCUUGCCCUUUAUGCCAUGUUGCUUAUGCCGGGAUUUCUCCAAGUUGCUUUUAGUUAUUUCUUUUCAAGUCAAGUACGUCGAAGCAUUGUGUAUGGAGAUCAACCAAGAAAUAGGUUGGAUUUAUAUUUACCUACGAAUAGUGAUGGUUUGAAGCCACUAGUGAUAUUUGUAACUGGUGGGGCCUGGAUUAUUGGUUACAAGGCAUGGGGUUCCUUCCUAGGACUUCAAUUGGCCGAAAGGGAUAUCAUAGUAGCAUGCCUUGAUUACAGGAAUUUUCCACAGGGGACUAUAAGUGAUAUGGUUAAUGAUGUUAGUCAAGGAAUCGAGUUUAUCUGCAACAAUAUUGUCGAAUUUGGUGGCAAUCCAAAUAAAAUUUAUCUAAUGGGCCAAUCAGCUGGGGCGCACAUAUCUUCGUGUGCUCUUGUACAGCAAGCAGUCAAGGAAUCGAGAAAUGAGAGCAUUUCUUGGAGUGUGUCACAGAUAAAAGCUUAUUUCGGUUUGUCAGGAGGGUAUAAUUUACUCGAGCUAGUUGAUCAUUUUCACAAUCGAGGUUUAUAUCGCUCCAUAUUUUUGAGUAUCAUGGAGGGUGAAAAGGCACUAGAACGAUUUUCCCCUGAAAUAAUAAUACGAAAUCCAAGCUCGAUUGGUGCAGUUCCUCUUCUGCCACGUAUCAUUUUAUUCCAUGGCACGGCAGAUUAUUCAAUACCGUCCAAUGCAAGCAUAACAUUUGCAACUACACUCCAAAGAGUCGGGGCUCAAGCAGAUCUCAUACUCUAUCAAGGGAAAACUCAUACAGACUUAUUCCUCCAAGAUCCUCUGCGAGGUGGUGAAGACGAGCUUUUCGACUAUUUGGUGGGCUUUAUUCAUGCGGAUGACAAGGAAGCCCUUGCUAGGGAUGCUAUGGCACCUCCAAGACGGCGCUACGUGCCGGAAAUACUACUGAGAUUGGCGGGCGAAGUUAGCCCAUUUUAGCCCGUUCAUUCGAAAGCUCCGGGUUUUGUAUGUAUGCUUUUACUAAAGGAUGGAUCUUGGUUUGCAAUCAUGUCGAACUCAAAUGGGUUUUGAUGCUAUAAUUCAAAUGGUUCUGAUUAUACGAGUGUUUUACCUUUGAUGCGUUUUUCUUCCCCUUUAUUUGGCUCGGCUUGAUGUGGUUGUGGCUCCAUUAAUGAGCAUUUGUAAAAGCCGUAGUUCCAUUAAUGAGCAACGACGGUGAAAAAGAACCAGAAACUCAAUUGACAUUCUUC